AUUAAUACACUUGAGUUGCAUUGUUCACCUUCCCUCUCUUUUCCUCACACAAUACAACUCUCUAUCUAAGAUCAAACAUAAUUAAUAAUAGAAUUUUUGGAGGCUAGAAAUUAAUAUGGAGCCAAAAGAGUCUAGCCACGUGGUCAUGUCAUGCAACUCGGUGAGUGGGCGUGACCUAACGACAUCAUCGUCGUUGAGGUUCGCGACCCACCGUGGAGAUCAUCAUCAUCAUCAAAUGAUGAUGAUGAUGAAACGAAGCCCGUCGGAGUUAGAUUUUGAAGAGUUCAUAAAGAAGAGCUUGCGUCCCGAAGAUACUCACAACAAGCCUACCGCCGACACUUUUAGCUUUGGUUUCAAAAACAUGGAUGUAAUGCCAAAUAGCAGCAGUAGUGGAGUAAGUACAGCAGAUCACUCAAUUUUCUACUCUCAAAAUGGGACUCCCACUACAAAUCCCAGCAUCUCAGCCACCAUCGAUUCCCAGUCAUCAAUUUGUGUUGGGAGGCGAAGCAUUAAUAAGGGAAUCAAAGAAGAUGAUGAUGAGCAAGCAAUAGGAGGAGGAGGAGGAGGCACAAGUGGUUCCUCUCAUGAACAAUCAGAUGAUGAUGAUAUUGACAUUGAAGCUGGUCCAUGUGAACAGAGCACAGACGCCAUUAUUAUUAAUCAUGACGUUAAACGUAUUAGGAGGAUGGUGUCGAAUCGGGAGUCUGCUCGGCGAUCAAGAAGAAGAAAACAGGCUCAUUUGGCAGAUCUUGAAAUACAGGUUGAGCAAUUGAGAGGAGAAAAUUCAUGUUUGUACAAACAACUUACUAAUGCUUCUCAACAAUACCGAGAAGCUGAUACAGAUAACAGAGUCCUUAAAUCUGAUGUGGAAGCAAUGAGAGCCAGGGUGAAGUUAGCAGAAGACAUGGUUGCUCGUGGAUCAUUAACAUCAAGCUUAAAUCAAUUGAUUCAAACCCAUCUAAACACUAGUACUACUACUGCUACUACAACACAUUUCAAUAAUAAUAGUAAUAAUGUGUCACCAACAAUCACACUAGUCCAAGCACCACCAAUGAUGAAUAGUGACUCUGUUAGCUGUGUCUCUGAAAUUUGGCCUUAAUUUAUUAAUAUGCUAUUUUCUUACAUAUAUGUGUGUUUUGUAUUGUAAUUUCUAUAAUUAUGUAACCUCUGAUCUUCUUAAAGAUUCUAUUCUAUUCUAAUUAGCAAGUACUUUUAAUUUUAUAACAAAAACAUUUUGGGGUUUGGCCA